CAAUUGGUUUGGAAAAUAUAUUCAAGUAUUCAUAUGCAAAUGAAUUCUUUUUGAAAGAUGAUUGUUGUAAUUGAAACAACAAUGUUUUAGAAUAACAGACAUUUGUACAAAGAUGAUUUAUAAUUGAUUUUGUUUUUCAGGUGAACCCGGGGUAAAAGGUGAUCCCGGACCACAAGGCCCCCCGGGGCCACCAGGAAACGCCUCGGGAGGUGUGGUUUACACCAGAUGGGGACGAAAACAUUGCCCUUCGAAAAGCAUCGAGAUGUAUUCUGGUGUGAUGGGAGGAACCUAUUUCAAUGAUGCUGGUGGAGCUUCAAACUACCUCUGUCUACCAUUGAAUCCGAUUUUUGAGAAAUACGUCGAUGGAUUACAAGCGUCAACGUAUAUGCACGGUGUCGAGUUUGAAACGAUAGAUGGACAAAACCAAAUAUUUCCAAACACCAAUAUUGACGAUGACAACGCACCAUGCGCAGUGUGUCAAGCUAAAUCACGUGUUAGUCACAUGAUGAUUCCGGCUCGUAAUGUGUGUCCUUCUGGUUGGACAAUGGAGUACAAAGGUUACCUCAUGGCUGAACAUGAUUAUCACAAAGGACGCACCCAGUUCAUUUGUGUUGAUGGUGACCCCGAGGCAACACAUGGAUCACAGGCUGAUACGAAUGGAGCAUUGCUUUAUUUUGUUCAAGGUUAUUGCAAUCAUGCCCUACCAUGUCCACCCUACGUUCAUGGUAGAGAACUGACCUGUGUCGUCUGUACACAGUGA